AUGAAUGAAAGAAAUAAGACCUCUAUUCGUUUUAUGCCACCCGUUAUUAGAGAUUGUGUACAUAAUUGUGCUUAUGUUCGAGGUAAAUUUCUUGGAAGAGGUGGUUUUGCCAAUUGUUAUCAGGUUACCCAAAUUGGAACAGAUUAUAAAUAUGCUAUAAAGGUUGUAGAUAGAAAUCUUUUAAAAAAUAAAAAACAAAUGGAUAAGAUGAUUCAAGAAGUUGGCAUUCAUGGACAACUUAAUCAUAAAAAUAUUGUUCAAAUGUAUCAUAGUUUCAAAGAUUUAUCUAACUUUUAUCUAGUUCUUGAGUUAUGUAGAAAUAAUACAUUAUUAGAAUUACAAGAAAGAAGGAAAACUGUAACAAUACCUGAAGCAAAAUAUUUUUGUAAAAAUAUUGCUGAAGGAAUUGAUUAUCUCCAUGAUCGUCAUAUAAUUCAUAGAGAUUUAAAAUUAAACAAUAUAUUUUUAAAUAAAGAUAUGGAAGUUAAAAUUGGUGAUUUUGGAUUAACUGCAAGACUUAAUGAUCCCAGAGAAUUAAGAAUGUCUGUAUGUGGGACACCUAAUUAUAUAGCUCCUGAGAUAUUGAAUAGAAUAGGACAUUCUUUUGAGGUUGAUAUUUGGGCAUUUGGAUGUAUUCUAUAUGCAUUACUUGUUGGAAAACCACCUUUUGAAGCACAAACAAAAAAUGAUAUAUUUGAAAAGAUAAAUACUAACAGUUAUUUUUUUCCUGAAGAGUUUAACAUUCAAGCAAGAAAAUUGAUCAAAGAGAUGUUGUCACAUAAUCCCUUAAAAAGACCAAAAAUUAAAGAAAUUUUAAAUUGUAGUUUUCUAACGGAGGGGUACAUUCCUGAAUAUUUACCCUUAUCAUGUUUGGUUAUGCGACCAAGAUUUCCAAAAGAAGUAAUUGAUAAAAAUUGUAAUAAAAAUAAUUAUGAAAGGCAUCAUAUUGUACAACCAAUUGAAAAGGAGAAUAUUGAUCAAAGACGAAGAAUAACAAAAUACUUGGAUGAGGCUAGUUUUCUUCUUAACCAACUUCGUAGAUUAUAUUCAACUAAACAUAAACUUAUAUCAUCAUUCUAUAUGGAUGAAGCAUUACAUCCACGAAGUUCACCAGUAUAUUAUUGUACCAAAUGGAUGGACUUAUCAUACAAGUAUGGAUUUGGUUAUGAAUUAUGUGACGGAAGUAUCGGAAUACUGUUUAAUGAUAAGACACAUCUUGUUAGUGAUGGUGAUAUGAAGAAACUUCAAUACAUAGAUAUUUAUGAUAAUGAAGAACAUUAUAUGAUAUCUGAUUGUCCUGAAAGAUUAGCAAAGAAAAUGAAGAUACUUAAAAUUUACAAAACUUAUAUGGAAAAUAAAUUAAGUAAAACAAUAAUUGAUACUUAUAGAGAUGAUAACGGUAUAUCUAGAUUACCUAUUAUUAUAAAAUGGGAAAAGAAUGAUACAGCUAUAGCUAUGUUUUUUUCUAAUGGAACUUUACAAGUUAACUUUUUGAAGGAUCAUUUCAAAGUUAUAGUUUGUCCACAUAUGAAAGCAAUUUCAUUAAUUGAUGGAACACAAGAAUUAAAAACAUAUAAAUUAAAAAUACUAGAAUCAUGCGGAUGGGAUGAAGUUGUGGAUGAAAAAUUAAAGUAUCUUAUAAAAAUUCUCGAGAAAUGGACAGCAUUCAAAAGAAAACGUAAAAGCAAUGAUGAUAACGAUUUAAUAUUAGGAGUUGAUGAUUCAUACUGUGUUUCUACAACAAAGAAAAAGAAAAUUUUUGAGUAUCCAUAG